AGUAUGCCCUGAAAUUUCGUUUAUUUGCUGUGAUUACUCGUAAAAAUCAAACACAUUACCCACAAACGUACACUUCUACACCGAAAACUCUGUGAAAUAAUUACCAAAAAAUGUCCGCUGAAGUGGAAGAGUUGCUAAAGCGCUUUCAAUCCUUUAAGAACAUCAUCGGAAUUAUAGUGGUGGACAAUGACGGGAUACCCAUAAAGACUACCCUGGAAUACAACCUGACUUUGCACUACGCGGCCGUGAUGCAAGCUGUGAGGGAAAAGGCCCGCCAGGUGGUUCUGGACCUGGAUGCCACCAACGAAUUCACCUUCCUGCGGCUGCGGACUCUCCUGCACGAGGUGAUGCUGUGCCCGCAGGAGGAUUACUUCAUCGUGGUCCUCCAGAGCCCCAGUGACUAGAAUUGAAAUUUAAAAAAAAAAAUAUAAAAAUAAAAUACGCACUUUGCGGAUAUGCUCAAUCCAGGGCCCAAACCUCAUUUCAUUUGCAGCCAUUAAAAGGCAAAGUGUUCGGUAAAUGAAAUGUUAUUAACAUAUUCGCCAUAGUCUCCAUUUCGCCAACCAGCAUUCCGUCAUUAAUUGCAUACAGCUGCAAAUUAUUUGCAUUGGGAAUCGGAAUUGAAUUGGAAUGUCAUUUGCGUGCCGAGCAGUCUUAUUCAAUAUGCAUCCUUUGGCCCGCAUGCAUAUAUGUAUGCCUCCCUUCUUUUUUUUCCACCCACGAAACCCACUAUCCUGUCCGGGCAAACUCAUUUACAAUAAAUGAAGACUGACUGAGGCAGCCACGAAACAAAUAAACUUUUUUUGCGGCCCUCGCCAGGAUGCGAGCAUGUAAGGAUGCGGAUGCGGAUGCCACCGAUGCCACGGUAACCAAAGGGAAGGUUCCUCCUCUGGGUUUUGCUAUUUUUCAUUUAAUUAUAUAUUUUACAUGCAAAGUGCAUUAUGAGCAAUGGGCGAAGCAAAAACCCAGUUGAUAACUUGGUAAAGUCACAAGGAUGCCUCUCGGGAGGCCAGGACAUCGAUGCCAAUCCUAUCCAUCUAUCGACCGGUGCAGGAUGGAACCAUUCAGUCGAGAUAAGUUCGUAAGCAUCAAAUAAACAGUUGUGACAGGAUGUAGAACAGUGCUGUCACAGCAAUCAAUU